AUGUCAGUUCGCCGCUCUCCGCCUAGAAUAGCAGAUAAGUUGGAUGUCCCCGUCUCCAUCACUCACUACAACUCUGACUCGGCCAUCAACCUAGGUAUGGCUAGUAAUUCAUCUAAUGAUCAAUACUUCAAUGUUACUACAAGACAAAAACGUAAUAUUAGUGAAAUGUUACCAACCAACAAGGUUCACCCUUAUCCGAAUUGA